AUGGCCAUAAACCUAGCCAAAUUUCUCAUACUGUUUUUCACUAUUUCGAUCUGCAACGCCGUCACGAAUCCAAGUCCGAUUUCCGAUUCUCACCGUUCCGCUGCUUUACAACUCUUCGAUGGUUCCUCUUCAAGAGAAUCCGGAAGCACCGUGACGGCAGCGACUGGCGGCGAUUCGUUGUUUGAAAAGAUCCCAGCGAAGCUUCACUUUGACGAAUCAUCCUCUGAUUCCGACUCUGAUUCUCAUUCCGAAUCUGUUAAACCGGAGAUUUCAUCAGUUAAGGACAAGGUUUUUCGCCUUUUUGGAAGGGAGAAGCCCGUUCACUCCGUUCUCGGCGGCGGAAAGCGCAGAAGCAAAGAACCUGAUUACGUUCCCCAUGUUGUGGCUCAAAUGAAGGCUUCUUAUUUGCAUUAUUAUGAUUUAACCGGCCAGAAUUGUAUGGACUCCUCUACCGUGAAAGAGUUUGUUUUAUUUUCUGUAAAGCUCGGGCAAAGUGAUGCUCAGGACGCCGACUAUCAGCCAAAAGACGAGCUUGCUGCUAUUGCCGUCAAAAUACCUAAAGCUAUCAGUUUCAUUAACAAUCAACAUCAUAGCAGUUGCCACAGUGAUAGUCAUGACAUUGUCCAUGCAACGGUUGUGCUCCCAGGCGGGGUUCAUAGUUUUCCAAGUAAAGGCGGACCUUCAUCACUACUUGAGCGGUGGAAAUCCGGUGGAUCAUUAGAAAACCACUGUCAUCCAAACCUUAUUUUGCAGGUGUUUGUGAAUGAUCAAUUCUUGAACUGGGAUCCCGAGAACAGAAUCAAAGUCAGAAUUGUCUCAGCCAGAUCAUACCAUUCAUUGUUCAUGCACAACAUGUGUAUCCGACCCAGUCCUGAAGAGCUGGAGAAUUUUGGUACUCCGGACUUCACUAUAUACAAUGCGGGAAAGUUUCCAUGUAACCGUUUCACUCACUACAUGACAUCUUCCACUAGCAUUGAUCUUAAUCUUGCUAGAAGGGAAAUGGUUAUCCCCGGCACACAAUAUGCCGGGGAAAUGAAGAAAGGUCUUUUCAGUGUCAUGCAUUAUCUCAUGCCUAAGCGCCAAAUUCUCUCCUUACACUCUGGUUGCAAUAUGGGCAAAGAUGGUGAUGUUGCACUCUUCUUUGGACUCUCAGGUACCGGAAAGACUACUCUUUCUACCGAUCAUAAUAGGUAUUUGAUCGGAGAUGAUGAACAUUGCUGGAGUGAGAAUGGUGUCUCCAACAUUGAAGGUGGUUGUUAUGCUAAAUGCAUUGAUCUGUCCCGGGAGAAAGAGCCUGAUAUCUGGAACGCAAUUAGGUUUGGUACAGUGCUGGAAAACGUGGUGUUUGAUGAGCACACUAGAGAAGUUGAUUACUCUGACAAAUCAGUUACAGAAAAUACUCGUGCGGCCUAUCCUAUUGAGUACAUUCCAAAUGCAAAGCUACCAUGUGUUGGACCUCAUCCAAAGAAUGUUAUUCUUUUGGCAUGUGAUGCAUUUGGUGUGCUACCGCCUGUGAGUAAACUAAACCUGGCGCAGACCAUGUACCAUUUCAUCAGUGGAUAUACAGCUCUGGUUGCUGGAACUGAGGAUGGCAUGAAGGAGCCACAAGCAACAUUUUCGGCCUGUUUUGGUGCAGCAUUUAUAAUGUUACACCCUACAAAAUAUGCUGCAAUGCUUGCUGAAAAAAUGGAGAGUCAUGGUGCAACAGGGUGGCUUGUUAACACCGGUUGGUCUGGUGGCAGCUAUGGUACCGGAAACCGUAUCAAACUAAGUUAUACUAGAAAAAUAAUUGAUGCUAUUCACAAUGGGAGCCUCCUGAAGGCAGAGUACAAGAAGAGUAAGAUUUUUGGCCUUGAGACCCCAACAGCUGUAGAGGGUGUCCCUUCAGAAAUUCUCGAUCCUGUGAAUGCGUGGACUGACAAAGAUGCCUACAAUGAGACAUUGUUGAAGUUGGCUGGAUUGUUCAGGAAAAAUUUUGAAACAUUCACCAACUACACAAUUGGAAAGGGUGGUGACAACCUCACAGAAGAGAUUCUUGCUGCUGGACCAAUCUUUUGA